GCUUUGUUAUGAAUGAGAAGAAUUUGAUCCAAAUUCAAAUUCAAAUUUCUUAAGUUUGCCAAACAUGGAAUUUGAACCAAAUCCGGAUUUGAAAUCCAAAUCCAUGUUCCCAAACAUACCAUUAAAAAAUUCCAGCUCAUUUUUAAAAGGCCCAUAGCCAGUAAGGUGAGAAAGGCGAACAGCUCUGGCAAGAAAGGCAAGAAAAAUGAGUGAAUCAGGCGAGAAAGGCGGACAGUGCCUCGCCUGAACAUAUACAGGCGGUAUAAGGUCGCCCGGAUGCCUGAGGCACCUUAGGGGAGGGAGGCGCUCACCUUUCAAAACUAUGAUCUAUCUAUACUACAUUAAUGUCUAAUUAAACAAAGUAUGCUUUGUCGGAUGCAGAAGUGGAAGUGUCAGUGGGUUUUUUAUUGUUAGUAAAAAUAUAUUUUUAAUUGCAAUAGAUAUUAUGUCAAAUAUAACAUUCUUUAACUCUAUAUCGCGUUCUCGAUUACCAUUUUUCCUAUCCUCCUUCCCCCUUCCCUUCACCUCAUUUUAAUAAAACAAGGGGAUAUUCUUGUUCUCAUCUUAGAAUCUUUUUUCUAAUAACUUGUUGUCGAAAUUUCAUUUAUAUGUUUAAUGACUGUUACAAAUUAUCCCAGAGUAAAGUUUCACAGUCACUUGCUAACGGCUUUACCAGAUGUUUCUCAAAUUACUCUUGGAUCAGAUGCCGAAUUCGUACUUUUAGCAUCUGAUGGAUUGUGGGAUUACAUUAACAGCUUUGAAGCAGUUAACUUCGUGAGGAAACAACUUCGGGAACACGGAGAUGUUCAGAGAGCAUGUGAAGCCCUUGCCAGGAAUGCCCUGGAUCGCCGAUCACAAGAUAACAUCAGCAUAAUUAUUGCUGAUUUGGGGUAUGUACAUGCUUCUUGCAUGAUUCUCUGCUGCCACUAAAUCAGUUAUUGUUUCUUAACCAAACUGAAUACCCAGCAAAGACAAUGUUUUUGUCAAAUUCCAUGUUGGCAUUACUAGACACUAGUUUAUGCAUGUACUGUAUGACUAUGAGCUGUUGAAAAUUGCGUCUCAUUUUCGCAUUGCCAAAUUUCAUAUUGUGAGGAAAAUUGUUAGUUUGAAACCCAUUAUGAUUGGUCAAUUCGGAGCUCCUACCACAACUCUGCGAACAGCAGCACACCACACUGACCACUGACUAAGUUACUCUUUAAAAUUUCUUUUCUGGUUUUUGGAAUUGAUCUGUUAACAGGCGCACGGAUUGGCAAAGCAAGCUUGUGCAGCAGAAAAAUGUUCUCAUUGAGCUGGUCCAAGCUUUAGGUACGAUAGGAAUCGUAUCAGUUGGAAUAUGGAUGUCAACACAACUCUCCUUUUGAACUUGUAGUUUGCUUAAAUUUGUAUACAAAAAUCAGUUCAGCUGAAUGAAACAAAGAUAUAAUCAAAUGGUUGUAUAUUUUGCCUUCUAACGUCCUACUUCUUCAUAUGUGUUGAUUGCUGUCUAGAAUUUGACAAAUGAAAGUAGAGCUUUUGU